AGAAUAGAGAUCUACCUGCAUGCAUAUCCAUAUUAGACACAUCACCACCAUUUUUGACACACUCCAACUCAUCACCUCUUUCACUCUCUCACAUGUCUGCAUAUAGAAUUUUCCCUAUAUAAGAGGGCAUCUACAUUUCUUCUACAUUCAGCCCCCUCCUUACCAAACCUAACCCAACAAAAAAUGGACACCCACACUACCCCUCAUGAUGUCGAACAUGCAACUCCCUACACUCUCCUGCCGGACCACCACGACUCGUCUGUGUCUCCGCCACAUCACUGCCGACCCAUUAAGGGUUUCAUUGGAAUCUUCCUCGCCGUGCUGUUUCUGUUAUCUUUGAUUGUUUUGAUUCUGAACCAAGAACCACCAAGCUCAGCAAGCAAAAUCAAUGACAUUGACGACCAAGACCAAGAAAAGUCGCCGGAGAUCACAAUGCCGCAACCGAGAGGGGUGUCGGAGGGGGUGUCCGAGAAGAGUUUCCGGGCAUUCUCCGGCAGCCGUCCGGAGUAUCCUUGGACCAAUGCUAUGUUGGCUUGGCAAAGAACAGCUUACCAUUUUCAACCUCAACGAAAUUGGAUGAACGAUCCUGAUGGUCCAUUAUACCACAUGGGAUGGUACCACCUAUUCUACCAAUACAACCCGCAUUCAGCGGUCUGGGGUAACAUCACAUGGGGCCAUACGGUAUCAAGGGAUCUGAUCCAUUGGCUUUACCUUCCCAUCGCCAUGAAGCCCGAUAGCUGGUUUGAUUGGUACGGUGUUUGGACCGGGUCCGCCACACUCUUACCCGAUGGCCAAAUCAUGAUGCUUUACACUGGGUACACCGAUAAUUAUGUGCAGGUGCAAAACCUUGCAUACCCCGCCAACUUAUCUGAUCCCCUCCUCUUAGAUUGGGUCAAGUAUGCGGGUAACCCGGUCAUGGUCCCCCCAACCGGCAUUGCUCCUGAAGAUUUUAGGGACCCCACCACGGCGUGGCACGCUCGGGAUGACAAAUGGCGGGUUACUAUUGGUUCAAAGAUUAAUACAAUCGGUUUUAACCUCGUUUACCAAACCACUAACUUCACUACCUACGAGCUUUUAGACGGGGUUAUGCAUGCGGUUCCGGGUACGGGUAUGUGGGAGUGUGUGGACUUCUACCCGGUUUCAACAACCGAAAUGAAUGGGUUGGACACGUCAUUUAGUGGGCCGGGUAUUAAGCAUGUGCUGAAGGCAAGCUUGGAUGAUGAGAAAAAGGAUUUUUAUGCACUUGGGACAUAUGAUCCAAGUAAUGACACAUGGACACCCGACAACCCCGAACUGGAUGUGGGUAUUGGGUUACGGGUCGAUUAUGGAAAGUAUUAUGCAUCAAAGACAUUUUAUGACCAACACAAGCAAAGGAGGGUGUUGUACGGAUGGAUUGGAGAAACUGAUAGUGAAAUUGAUGACAUCAGAAAGAAUUGGGCAUGUGUUCAGAGCAUUCCAAGGACUGUAGUGUUUGACCAGAAGACUGGAAGCAAUAUACUCCAAUGGCCUGUAGAGGAAGUGGAGACAUUGAGAUUGAACAGUACUGAGUUCCAUGGGGUCGAGCUUGAACCCGGUUCGGUCGUGCCACUCAACAUAAGCUCGGCUACACAGUUAGACAUAACUGCCACAUUUGAACUAGAUGAAGGAGCAUUGGAGGCAACAAUUGAAGCAGAUGUUGGGUACAAUUGCAGUACUACUGGUGCUGUUGUGAGAGGCACUCUGGGACCAUUUGGGCUUCUGGUUAUUGCAGAUGAUUCACUCUCAGAGUUCACACCUGUCUAUUUCUACAUUUCUAAGGGCAUUGAUGGCACUUACAGUACAUUUAUCUGUUCUGAUGAAAUGAGGUCAUCCAAGGCUUAUUAUGAUCUUGAUGAAAAGGUUUAUGGGGGCAUGGUCCCUGUGCUGGAGGGAGAAAAAUUAACUAUGAGAAUAUUGGUUGAUCAUUCGGUUGUUGAGAGUUUUGCACAAGGAGGGAGAACAGUCAUCUCAUCGCGGGUUUAUCCAACGACUGCAAUCUAUGGAGCAGCGCGAUUAUUCUUGUUUAACAAUGCCACCGGAGUCAACGUGACAGCAUCACUCAAGGUAUGGCGUUUGGAUUCAGCUUAUAUUCACGAUUUCCCUUUUGAUCAGAUGUAGUGUACUUCUAGUCAAUCCAUCUGACUACGUUAAGUUUCCCACUUCCUUGUUUGGUUGCCUGGAAAAUUUGCACCAACCAAACGUUGUAAUGUAUUAUCUCAUAUUUUUUUUUGGAGGACUGCUGGUCCAUUAUAAUGUAUUAUCUCAUAUCUUUUUUGGAGAACUACUAGUUCAUUUUUUUGGCAUGUGCCAACUGCAAUAUCUAUUGUACUAAACAAUAAAUUUCGAUACAUUGGGAAUUUCAAUUUCAGUUAAUUCAA